UGGCUCUCUCAUUUCCUUUUGUUUCAUUCCACUCAUUUAUUGCAUAAAUAUCAUGGCAAACACAGGCAAACAGACUGCCAUUCCAACAGUGGCAGUUAACAAUGCGCCCAUUACGAGUAAAAUACCAUUGGCUACAGAAGAACCAGUUCGUCGAUCAUGGUUGAAGUCGGAACUGGCAGAGCUUAACAGUAAAGAGGAAGAGGAAGCAGUGCUUGAACGAAGGAGACAAGAGGGGGAAGAAGAGGAUUCCGAUUUGGAAGAGGAAUCAAAUGGCAGUAGCAGCGAUGUUGAAUCCAUUGACUCUAGGACAGGUCAAAAUAAAAUAAAAAAUAUUGAGGCAGCAAAGGAUGAUGAUAGUGUCGUUAGUGAUAUAGAAGAGUCGCCAAAAACGACACCAACGAAAGAUAAAAUUCAAGAUAAACAGAAACCUGCGAAAGAUGAAUUCGAGGCCCGUGAUAUAAUGGCUUGUUUGCAGCAAGAGAUGAGAGAGUAUCAAGAACGGCAAGAUUCUGAGGUUGAGAAAUAUGAACAAAGUGUGACUAACGAAGAGGACCUUUUGAAUGAAGAUCCUGACUUGUUGAGACGUACUGAAAGCAAUCGACACAUUCCCUACGAUGAGCCCGAAAGCAAAGAAAUUGUAUGCGGAAAUACGUCUGAUAGCAGUUGCAUACAUGUUCAGAGUAAUCAAUAUCAAAAAAGCCUAUUAGUCUUCUCGGACAACCCUACCGUUAUCGAAGAACCCACCAAGUUGCGUGUUGUGCAAUAUUACGGAGCAGGGAGAACGGGCGUCAUGCCAUCAGCUUACCGACAGACACGACCAUCAAAAGCGUACUUGGUUGCUUGUGAUUUCAGUAAGGAGAGUUUAUAUGCGCUUGAAUGGACGAUGGGAACCAUGAUGCGGGAUGGGGACGAGCUACAUGUAGCAACGGUUGCCAACAGAGACGAUAAUCCUGAUAUUGUGGAUGCUUCUGGCCUCGACCAAAAGGAGCAGUUGCGUGCCACGUCGGACGCAUUGAUUGCGGAAACAAAGAAACUAAUGGGACAGAUGAUGCUAUUCAACAUUAAAUUGAUAACAUAUGUUAUGAUAGGAAGGAUUAAGGACGCCUUAAAAGCUUUGAUGAGGGAGCAUAAUUACACCAUGAUAGUUUGUGGAAGUCGUGGCCGUGGGUCCAUGAAAACCUGGUUGAUGGGUUCAGUGUCCACUUAUCUAGUACAUAAAUCUCCAGUGCCUGUUGCAGUUAUUCGCAGACAAAAGAAAAAGAAAAUGAAGCACGAAAAGCUAGUUGCUCAUUCUCUUAGCGAAAGUAUGAAAACGGGUCAGCUACAUGUUGAUGAGCUAAGUUAGGAACCUGUUGAUUUUUACUAUUUUAUAAGUUAUUCUCUUUCAAAAUAUAACUUAUAUUACACCUCAAAAUUCUUG